UCGGGCGCGCGCACAACUUUUUUUGCCAGCAGGAGUUCGUGAGCCAAGUAAUGCGGAAGUAUCUGAUUGCGAAAAGUUGUGUUUAAUCCUAAAGCACCUGAUGGACUUUCUGUGUUGCUUUUAGUCGUGGACCGGUGGACACUGCAGAUGUCGACAAGGCAACAGAACUGAAGCGCGCAUUUUUAAUUAAUGAUUGUCGGACCUUAAAUCCCCUUAAAGAUCUCCAUCAUGCCUUUGGGAGAAGUCGAGGAUGGCAUAGAGCUCAAGGUGAUGAACAGGAAAAGCGCUGGAAAUGGCAGAGAUACCUUAAUACCAUUGCUGAGCUCUCCUAAUACUGCUGUGCGAUCAUUUGACUGCAUACUAGUAGCACACACAGUUGAAAACCGAGAUCAGAGAUACCAAAAGCAGAAAGUCUACAUCAACGAGCUCAAAUCGAAAAAUUUGAAAGUGACGAAAAUCCAACACGAUAACAAGAUAUUCUAUGGCAUUCGUGCUCCUGAGGAACUCUUCGACAAGUAUAAGUACCUGCUGAAGGUGUCUGAUUCUUGUAACUGGAGUGCUGAAUAUGGAGGCUGUGUCCAAAACACCACAAGGAUUAGGAUUGUCUAUUACAUCCUGCACCAUACAUUUAUUGGAAAAGGAGCACACCCAGAGGGCUUCAGGGAUCUUUUGAGGCAGGAAGUGUUCGAGACCUUGUUCUGCCUCCAUGAGAGGACGCAGCAGAAGUAUCUGAAGAGGAAGUGGGCCAACUGGGGGGCCUUAAAACAUCUAGUCAACCAACCUGUUGAUGAUAUCAGGGAUUACUUCGGUGAGAAGGUAGCAUUGUAUUUUCUAUGGCUUGGCUGGUACACACGCAUGCUAAUCCCUGCUGCCAUCAUUGGAGUGGUUGUGUUUCUUUAUGCCCUGGCCUUCUUUGACUCCAACCCCCUCAUAAAGGAAGUCUGUGAGUCAAACAUCACUAUGUGCCCAAUAUGUGACAAAAGGUGCCGCGUGUGGAAUCUGUCAGACACCUGUUUUUAUGCUAAGUUGAGUCAUCUGUUUGACAAUGAAGGAACUGUGGCCUUUGCAAUGUUUAUGGCUGUAUGGGCCACUUUGUUUCUGGAGCUGUGGAAGCGGCAUCGAUCACUACAUGUCUCCCGGUGGAGGGUCUUUGACUGGUGUGAAGAUGAGGAGGAUCUGAUUCUGGAAAUUGUAAAUGACCCACAUUGUAAACCCAAGGAGUACAAACACUCAUAUUUACGGAGCAUUCUUGUUCUUCUGCUGGUCACAGUGGUGCUAGUGGUGAUCAUAGGCUUAACACAUGCUCUGGUGAUCGUCCGUGUGGUAUCGGCCAUGCUCCUAUCAGACACCCAGUGGAAGCUUAUAAACGAUAAUGCCAACAUGAUUGCAGUGACUCUGGGAGCAGUGCUGCACUACCUGACUAUACAGGCUAUGACUCGGGUGAACAGAUUUGUGGCAUUCAAGCUGUGUGCAUUAGAAAAGACUCGCUCAUUUGCAGCCACAGAAAGGAGCUUUACUGUGAAAAUGUUCACCUUCCAGUUCUUCACACUCUUCUCCUCACUAAUCUAUGUGGCCUUUUUUCUGGGCAGGCUUAAUGGUUACCCAGGCAACUAUGUGCGAAUAGCGGGAAAAUGGAGACUGGAGGAGUGCCACCCUAGCGGUUGUCUUACUGACCUCUUCAUUCAAAUGGCCAUCAUUCUUAUGCUUAAACAAACCAUCAGCAACAUAUUUGAGUUUGCUGGGCCGUGGCUCAAGCUUUGUCUUAAAAGGGCAACAUUUAUGAAAGACCUGGAGAAGUGUGGUAGCUGCAAGACACCAGCAUGUAAAGAAGACGGUCCUGGUAUUGAGCUCUGUGAUGUCUGCAGUCUCCAGGAGUGGCUGAGGAACUACCAUCUAAAUCCAGUCCAUUCCUUCAGUUUGUUUAAUGAGUUCCUAGAAAUGGUUAUCCAGUUCAGUUUCACAACCAUCUUUGUAGCGGCAUUUCCCCUGGCUCCACUUCUUGCCCUCAUCAACAACAUAUUUGAGAUCAGGCUGGACGCCAUUAAAAUGUUGCGCAUGGAACGCCGCUUAGUACCAAAGAAAACCAAUGACAUUGGUGUGUGGACUAGAGUUUUAGAGGCCAUUGGGGUGGCAGCAGUCAUUGCUAAUGGACUUGUAAUCGGCAUUUCAUCUGAAUUUGUUCCUCGUUUGGUUUAUCGCUAUCGUUUCGGACCAUGUGCCAAUGGGACAGCCACAGACAUACAGUGUUUGACAGGCUACACUGACUACACACUCACCACUGCAUACAUGUCUGAUGCAAAUGUGCGUAAAGACUUCACCACUGAGCAGAUGAUGGAUGGUGGGAUCAAUAUCACUCAGUGCAGCUACAAAGCCUACCGCACUGAAAAUGACCAGAGCUUCACUUCACAGUACUGGUUCAUACUAGCAGCCCGCUUUGCUUUUGUCAUCUUGUUUGAGCAUGUAUUAGUGGUGUGUAAGUUUAUCGUUGCCUGGUUUGUGCCCGAUAACCCAUUGCGGGUGAAGAACGACAGGCUACAUGACAAACUGAGCAGACUGAAACAGGAGUUACAGGAACAGAGUGCAAAAUACGACAACAGGACCACUGACGUUUAAUGAAUCUUUUCACUAAUUGCUUUCUUUAAAAACUGAAAUUCUUACAUGGACUGUGUUUGUGUGUGUGCACAGAGAAUGCAACUAUAUAGAUACUGGCUCAGAUGUACAUGAUGGAGAGAUUUUAGCCACGAAUUGCACUUUGACUCUAGGUUAGAACCAGAUUAAUGUUGUACAUUAAUUGAAUCUCCAUUUUAUUUUGCUAGCCAUGAUUUAAAUACAUUUCAUAGCACUAUUAGAUAAAGAAAAACUGAAAUAUUAGUUGCUGGGGUAGCACUCUCAGGUUACACUUUUUGUACAAGGUGCACCUAAAAGAUAAUUCCAUACUUUCUGUACCUUAAAUCUUUUUAAAAGUCACACUAUGUAUUUUUAUUACAUUCAUUUUUAUUACAUCCAAGAAGGGCAAGGAAAAGUACGGUUUAGUAGCCCCCAACCCAACCCCCCCCACAUAUUCAUUAUUGCAGGUUACUUUUUUUAACAUUAUGUAUUAAGCUUGUCAAAAUGACUGUAUAUCUGUAUAACCCCAGUUCAUUUGAACUUGUAACCCAAAGCUUUCACAGUGUUUAUAUAGUAUAAAAUUAUAUAAUGGAUGAUACUUGCCUAUUCAGAGACACAUGCUCUCCUAAUUUUGUAUUUUUUGCUAUUGCUAUUGUAUUGUUAACCUUUUCACAGAAGGUAAAAUGAACUUUAGAACCAUACUAUAACCUCCUUUUAAAACGGUUUAAUAGUAAACACUGUUAUAUUCAUUGUCAUAUUGUCCCCACUUGAUGGCAGUAGUGGCAAGGUUAAACAGUCAUGAAGCCUAUGUUAUUUUUUAUUUUAUUUUAUUUUUUUACAUACAGUAAGUUACAAAAGUGCCUUACUGAAUCUCAGAACGUUUGCAGUUUACAUGUGUGCAUGUUUUAUUUUAUUUUAUUUUAUUUUUUAAAUAUAUGUACCGGUGUUAUUUUUUUUGCACAAACAGUAUGAAGGGAGAAAUUUUGGGUUACAUGAGUGAAAUUAAAAUUGUGGUUGCGUACUCUAAAGUAAGUUGAAGCUGUGUUGCAAGAACUGUGAAUGUAGGAAACCCCCCGCCCCCAAACUUCCUGUCGUAUGGAAUUACAUUCAGGUCUGAAAUGUUUUAGAUGAUAACAUAUUAAGAGGAAACCAAAUGGAAAUGUAUAAAGUUUUCCUUCAUAUGUUUUACAGAUGUGUAAGAAUUGAAUGUCUUUUUUUUUCAGUGAUAUUUGUUAGUGUAUCUAGAUAAAGUAAUAGAUAAAAUGGCAAUGGAAUCAAAAAUGUUUUUUUUUUUUUUUUUUUUUUUUUUUUUAUUUUACAUAAGUGAAAUUAUAUGUGCAAAAUAAUUUGAUAUUGUGUUGGUAUGGUAUAUUAGAACUAGCACAUUGUGUGUGUGUUGAAUUGAAUUUACACUUGAGAAAGGAAGGAACACGAUGUCCAUUGAUUAUAACGUGCAAGCCAAUAACUUUCUUUUGUGUUUGGUGCGUAAGCAGUUGUACUUCAAGCUAAGAAAUAUUCGUUGACCACUUACUCAGGAUUAAAACUACCAUAGGACACUUUAAUUAUAUGUAAUUAUGACUGUAGUUAGUUUGUUACUUUACACAAUUUCCCCUGAACCUCAUCCAUCUGUGGAAUGUGACUGCGUUUGUUUUCUUCUUUUCUAAAUAACCACAACCCCCAGCCUUUCCUAUCCUCAAGACAUAUGUAUUUCAACACUGUUUAUUUGUAAAGCUUGAUUUUAUAUCCAAGAAUUGUAUUUUUGAUCUUUUUUUUUUUUAUUAUAAAUUUGUUAUCGUGGUC